AUGGACGGCAUAAACUGGCCAGAAGCAGGGCCGUCAUCAGCACUGAUGGCCCAAGUACCUGCGCCGAUGGGUCUGGCUGCCCCAGCGCCUAUCACUGGCCCUUCGAGCGUGACACUCAACUCUCCUCAAUUCGCCGUCCCCCAAUUACCCUCCUCGGACCCCUCAUCCUCGAGCCGGGGACGCGGUAGUCGAGGCAGAGGACGUGGACUACGUGGUGUCGGUCGCGGCAGGGGUCGGGGAAGAGGCGCUCAGCCAGGAGGUGCGGGUCCCGGUCGACAGUCUGGCCGGACUCGAAUAUCCACUCGGUCGGGCGGGGAUGGGGGCACCGGUCGUCUCAAGCUGUCGCUCAAGAUGAACGGGCAGGGAAUAGGAGAGGCGGCAGGUGGGACGAUGGACAGCUUUCUGGGAGAAUACGAUCGAGAGCUGGAUGAGAAUCCAGAGGAACCGCUCGAGUUUGAGGAGCAGUUCAUUCUGCGGGUGCCGAAGGAGGUGGCGGAUGGGAAGAAGGGCGGUAUGGGACUGAGGGAGAUGAUCAAGGGGAAGGGACUGGAGGCGCUCGAAAUGAAGUUUCUUGACUCAAGGAGGGCGGCAGUCAAGAUUGGCGGAGCAACCUACUCGUCCAAGCUCGUGGACCUGCCCUGUAUCAUCGAGUCUCAAAAGACGCACGACUCGAGACAUCUCUUCAAAGUUGCGGACAUCUCACAGAUGCUCGUCCUUGGUCCCCAAGUAGCCUCGGAAGCCAACAUCCCAUCAGGCGCUAUCAAUCAAGAUGACUAUAUCUGGCCACACGGCAUCACCCCUCCUCUCCGGCACGUCCGGAAACGCCGUUUCAGGAAGCGUCUCAGUCGGCGGAUGAUCGAGGUAGUAGAGGAGCAAGUGGAGGAGUUGAUUGCGAAAGACAAUGAGGCCGAGAGCUCUUCGUACGAUCUGAUAGAUGCGCUGGACCCCGAUAUCCCAGACUCAUACUAUGCCGAUUAUGAUCCGAAUGUCCCAUGGCAAGGCUAUAACCCCAGCGAAGGGUCGUAUGGCGAUCCAGGAAGCGUCAUGCCGUCUGAAGCACCGUGGGAGGAAGGCGAGGACGAAGAUGCAGAGGGAGAAGACGAUGGACUGGACGAGGAUUUGGUAAAUGCUAUGCGGGAGGAAAUAUCUCGUUCCGAACAAUCAGAGGACGAAGAUGGCUUUGAAGAGGGAGAUGCAGACGAUGCAGACGAAGCUGGGGAAGAUGAGGAUGAAGAUGGGGAAGAGGACGACGAGGAGACUGCGGCCAAGAAGGCCAAGAUCAGGCAGUUCGCUAGUGAGAUCAAGCAGCUCGAGGCGGCUAUUGAGAAGAAGCGGGCAGGAUUCCAGGGUGGGAAUAUCAUCAUGGUCAAACGUUUCGAAGAGACCAUCGCGGGUAUGAUGAACGAUAUCAACAACAAGGCUGUCGCGAGGCAAGUCCUCGUCGAUGAAGUCGAACGGGCAAAACCUGUCGCCGAAGCUGUCAACGAGGAUGUCGAGAUGCCUGCUGCACCCGGUGGAGCCGCAGCGGAACCCGCGCCAUUCUCGGACGAGGAGGAUGACCUGUUCGGGGAGGAGGAAGAGGACGAUGUGAGUGCAGAGGAGGAAGCGACUGGACCGGACACGCCCAGGAGCCAAUACGUCGAUAUGGAGCCAGACAGUCCGGCCAUCAUGGGCCCGGGUGCCGAGGAGGACGUCCAGACGGACGGAGAGGAACAGCUCGCAGAGGGCACAGAGGAGUACGGGGAAGGAGAAGACGAUGACGAGGACGAAGCAGAUGAGAACGACGAGAUGGCGGCGAUGCUGGCUGCUGAGCUGGGUGGGCAGGCCGAGGUGCAAGACCAGACGGACGCGAUGGAGGCCAUCGAUGCCAUGGUCCUGGAGGAUGACCUGGAGAAGCUGCAAGGCGGAGACGGGAUGAUGCCUAGCUCGCCGGCGAUGGAUCAGUUCGCGCCCGACUUCUCGACACGGGAGGGCGGAGUAGGGAUGCGCCGAUUAGUAGAAGGAGCAGAGGAGGAUGAUAGUGGAGACAGUGACGAUAGCGACGACUAG